UUACUUCAGAAAACCAAUCGAAAAAUACUACAGUGAUAUCGGUAUAACGAAUUUUGUAUGGACAAACUGCAAGAAGCGACUUCGGGAACCGCUAAUCGAUUUGCAGAAUAUGAUGCUAAAGUGCUUACGUGAGGAGCCACGUUUCAACCGCUAUGUAAUGGUAGUGGGCAUUCCGAAUGUCGGCAAGUCGUCACUGAUCAAUUCACUUCGAUUGGCCAACCUCGGCAACAGACAGAAAGCAGUAAUGGUAGUGGGCAUUCCGAAUGUCGGCAAGUCGUCACUGAUCAAUUCACUUCGAUUGGCGAACCUCGGCAACAGACAGAAAGCAGUACAGGAAGGAGCAAGGCCGGGAGUGACAACACGAGUACAGACUCGAGUGCGAAUUCUCGACCAGCCACCAGUCUACAUUAAAGUGCUCCUCGAUAUAUGCCAAUCGAAUGAUAUUCGUUUUCCAACUUACAUUGCUCAGCGACGUGCUGAACGAUGGGACAUCGACCGAGCGGCCAAAAUGUUCAUCGAAAUGUUUCGGAACAAUAAGCUGCGCGACCACUGCCUCGAUAUUGAUUUGUUCCAAAACUAUAUUACUAAAAUUAUAUAAAU